CACUUAGCAACAAACACUUCUCGCAGAAAAAGCAGUCACAAUCUUUAACCCCCAAAAAGUCUCUAAGCCCUUCUUUUUUGUGUGUUUUCAUCGUCAAAAUGUAUUCACUUCUCAAGGCAACAAAAACCUGUCAGGUGUGCAAGAAAUCAUUUUCAAACGGGAAAGCUCUUGGUGGUCACAUGAGGGCUCACACUCGGAAACUUUCCGCCGGAUCAUCAUCGUCAACUGGCUCGGUCACUCCAUCACUACGACCAUGCAACAACCUUGGAGCAAGCUAUAGAUCUCAUGAAACAGUUCUGGUGAGAUCUGUCCACACCAGUGAAGUUGUUGGUGGUCCAAACCUAGAUCUAAACAAAGAAGGUGAGCAACAAAUAACUGCCAAGAGAAAGAUUGUCGUCGUGGAUUUGGAAGAGGAAGAUUCGACAGAGUCUAGAAGCGAUAUAACUAUUGAAGAAAGUGCUUUAUGUCUUUUACAAAUGAAGAGCGACCCGUCAGAAUAUUUUCAGAAUCCAAAAUCGAUUGAUAGUUUGGUAUCAACUCGAAAAGGAAAAGAUACUGAAAAGUAUAUCGAAAUAGAUUCUGAAGAAGAUCAAGAAGACAGUGAUGAGUACGUUGCUGAAGAUGAAGAUGAAGACGAUGAAGAUGAAGAUAUUAAGUUUCUCAUUUCAGAUGUGGGAGACCUAACAGGAGACAGCGAAGAAGAUGAAGACGAUUAUGCUGAUGAAAACGCAUAUUACGGUGGGAAAGAGAGAAGGGGUAAGAAACAAAGCAAAUAUACGUGUGAUAUUUGUGGACAAGUUUUACAUUCGUAUCAGGCAUUAGGCGGUCAUCGAACGAGCCACAGAAACAAACGAUUGAAGAUUUCCGACAAGAAUCAUUCCGUGGAAGAUGGGCCAGUGGUUCGACGAAGCUACGAGUGUCAAAUUUGUAACAGAGUGUUUGCAUCUGGUCAAGCACUUGGUGGUCACAAAAAGAUUCACUAUACGUUCCUAGCUCCACCCAAGUACUUGUCGACUUCCACCAAGUGACCAUAUAAUCUAUGAAGCGUAGAUUUGGGUGACUAGCUAGUCCAUUCCGAUAAACAAAUAAUAAAACA